AUGAUGUGCUCCUCUACAACUCAGGCUCAAGCUAUUCCCUGGGAAGCUGAAGUGUCGCUGGUCAGGACCAUUCAAGGUCAAGGAAGUGUUGCCUUAUGGAGCCAUCACCCUAGUGAACAACAAUGGAGUGAGUUCACGGUUAACGGUCACCGGUUGAAGAAGUACAUGGGAGUCAAAGCAUUGGAGAGGGAAGUUCAAUCCGUCUCCAUGAUCCACCCCAAGCCUAAAAAGGCAAUGAAAGUCAAGCUAUGGACUCAAAACAAGCUCACUUGGGAGGAAGUCCCAUGA